AUGUUUUGGACCUUCUUCGUUUGUCUUCUUCUUCUCAUCAUUGAAACAUCGUCUUUCAUUGAUAAUAAUGGAGAAAUUAAACCAAUAAUGGAAGCAUUACAAACGAAUGUAACAGUAAUUAGUGGACAAAAAGCAAAAUUAGCAUGUAUAUUUAGUAGUAUAAAUCAUGAAUUAUCACUUUCAUCAUCACAUCAAUUAAUAUGGAUUCGACAAAGUUAUGGAUCACAUAAUGGAGAUUCAAUAUUAGCACAUAAUCAAGAUUUAUUAAUAACUGAUUAUCGUUUAAAUAUUCAACGUACUGAUCAUGAUUAUUCAUUAACAAUAACUAAUGUUAAUAUUGAUGAUGAAGGAAUCUAUACAUGUGAAGUUAAUACUCAACCACCACAAAAAGCAUUUGUUCAUUUAUAUGUUCAAGUUUUUCUCUAA